GUGCGUGCGUGCGUGGGGGUGGGGGGCAACCCCAACUCACCCUCCAUCUGAUGGCAGCAUCAGGCAGUCCCGUGAAACAUUUGCGUGGGAGUUCCCUCCACCGCCAUGUCGGGAUGGUGCACAUCGCUCUCUUUCUUCCUCUCUCCCUCUCUCUCUCUCUCUUUCUCCACACAUCCUCCCCCACAUUAUAACAGCUUAGCGCGGCAGUAGUAGGUCCUGCAGCAUCCAGCAGCCCAGCAUCCCUCUGUCCCUGCCUGGGGAGCAGCAGUCCUACCCGGCGCGACACCGUGUGAGUGAUGCCACAGCAUCAUCCGCAUUUCGACGCGAAAUAAUCGAGAGUAAAAAUCCCGCAAAGGAGAGCUCGGGGUGAAGGGAAAUUUUGCUUUAGCCUCGAAGACGGCAACUGCCCAUGAAGAUGUCUAACGCUGACACCGUCUUAAACCCCACCGAUCGGGUGGUAAAAUCUGUCCCCUUCCCCUUGAGCCACCGCCUUACAAUGAAGGAAGUGUUCGACUGUGAAGGCAAACCUCGCGUAGAUCUGCUGAAGGCUCACCUGACCAAGGAGGGCCGUGUGGAGGAAGCUGUCGCGCUUCGAAUCAUCAAUGAGGGAGCAGCCAUCCUCCGUCAGGAGAAAACUAUUCUCGACAUUGAGGCACCAGUCACAGUCUGUGGGGACAUCCACGGUCAAUUCUUUGAUCUUAUGAAGUUGUUUGAAGUGGGAGGAUCGCCAGCCACAACACGGUACCUGUUCCUCGGGGACUAUGUUGACCGUGGCUACUUCAGUAUUGAGUGUGUUUUAUACCUUUGGUCGCUGAAAAUCCUCUAUCCAAAGACACUAUUUUUACUUCGUGGAAAUCAUGAAUGUAGACAUUUGACAGAAUAUUUCACCUUCAAACAAGAAUGUAAAAUCAAGUACUCAGAGCAGGUGUAUGACUCAUGUAUGGAUGCAUUUGACUGCCUUCCUUUGGCUGCACUCAUGAACCAGCAGUUUUUGUGUGUCCACGGAGGACUCUCACCUGAAAUACACACCUUAGAUGACAUUAAAAAGUUGGAUCGGUUCAAAGAGCCGCCAGCGUUUGGGCCCAUGUGUGACCUGCUCUGGUCUGAUCCUCUGGAAGACUUUGGAAAUGAGAAAACCCAGGAAUACUUCAGCCACAACACAGUGCGAGGUUGCUCCUACUUCUACAGUUAUCCAGCUGUUUGUGAGUUCCUACAGAGCAAUAACCUAUUAUCAAUUAUCCGAGCACAUGAAGCACAAGAUGCUGGUUACCGGAUGUACCGUAAAAGUCAGACAACUGGAUUCCCAUCCCUCAUAACCAUCUUCUCUGCGCCAAAUUACCUGGAUGUUUACAACAAUAAAGCUGCUGUACUGAAAUAUGAAAAUAACGUCAUGAACAUUCGACAGUUCAACUGCUCGCCACACCCCUACUGGCUGCCCAACUUCAUGGACGUCUUUACUUGGUCCCUGCCAUUUGUUGGAGAAAAAGUCACUGAAAUGUUGGUGAAUGUGUUAAGCAUCUGCUCUGAUGAUGAACUCAUGAAUGAUGAAGAUGAGAUAUUUGAUGCCAAUGCAGCCGCGGCUCGCAAAGAGGUGAUCAGAAACAAGAUCCGUGCUAUUGGAAAAAUGGCCAAAAUGUUCUCUGUUCUCAGAGAGGAGAGUGAAAAUGUGUUGACGCUUAAGGGCCUGACGCCCACUGGCAUGUUGCCAAGUGGGGUUCUCUCUGGAGGCAGACAGACACUGCAGAGUGCUAUUCGUGGGUUCUCCCCCCAGCACAAGAUCACCAGCUUCGAGGAGGCGAAGGGCUUAGACCGCAUUAAUGAGCGCAUGCCACCUCGCAAGGAUGGGGUGAACCACGUGGGGCACUCCAUGGGCAAGAUGAAUAUGUCGGAGGCAAACGGCACAGAAGACAACAGCAACAUCCAGUAAUGUGUUGUCUGAGCCACGGAAACUGUGCCGCUGUUACAGUCAUGCAGGAAGACUUUGCUUAAUGGGAAAUUCAGGCCUCAGAACACAGAAAUCUAACAGGCCUACCGCUAGAACAUGAAACCUGCAGCAAAUCUAAACACUGGGCGAAAAGGUCAUUUAUUUCAUGACGGCAUGUCAUUGCACUGUUAGGGGGCGGGGGGAGCUGGGGUUCACAGCAAAGGGGCAGGGAUACAGAGAGACCCACAAGCUGCAGCAAAGAAGUGCUUUUGGAAGUUGUGUCCGACUGUAGUUCCCUUUCUCAAUUCGAUUACAGACUGAAUUGUUGGGAGUUAUUUUGCUGCAAGUGCUGACACACGUGUGCUCCUUCAUUGCAGGGCCUGACAGAAGACAUGAGUGCAGUAUCCAUAUCACAUAAUGUUUUAUAAAGUAUUUAUUAUGAAUCACUCACAAAUGCACAUCAAAAGGAGAAUUAUCUACUUUAUCUUAUUGUUUUUGCUAGUAUUAGGUCACGUCACUUUGGGAGGGACAACACAGAAAGGAAAAAGAGACGCAAAUAUGUAAAUGUAUGUACCUCUUCGAACUCUGCAGCACGCCAUCUUAUCGGUGAACUUAAAUUUAUUGAUUUACCUUGUUGUAAGAUGCUGCCAACCUGCAGGGGAAAAAAGAAGACGGGGUUCUCAUGUCACGGACAAAUCCACUGCAGACCCAGAUCCACCUUGGAUAUGUCUUAGUAACCUCCGGCAUUGCCUCGUUCCUUCUCUCCUCGACAUCUGCCAUCUUACAGGAUCACAGAACCUGGAGGAAAAGAAGAGAUGAUUUAGAAGACGCAGUCCCACUGUUUGCUGAUGCUACCUCAGCACCCCAGAUUAAACACAGAGAUUUGACUUCAAAAUAUAUCAUUUACUCCUUUUAAUCUCAGUCUUAUGGUUAUUCACUCCUCUUCCAAAAGAGCAUUUUACAUAGGCGUGAGCUGGUUUGAGCUUCUCACAAUAUUCACACAAAGAUUUUAAGCAAUAUUGCAUAAUUUAAUCACACUACCCUAAUUUAAAAACUGAAAAAAUAAAAUUGAAUUUAAUUGGUUUAUUUGGCAGGGACACUAAUCUAAAUGUAUCAGAGUUAUCUGAAAGGUUAUUUUUAUUUGUAGUCCUGGUAAGACAGCAAAUGCAACAAAUAUCCCUACUGCUGCUGAAAUAAUAAAUUGUUUCAUAUUUUUUUAUCACUUUUUUGCUAUAUUUACUUUGAUUCUCAGAUGUAACAAUCUACUUUGUAAGUGCUUAUUGCACAGAAUUAUGUUUUUGAGUAACAGAAGUAUAAAAAGUAAAUGUUAGCUGAUUAGUUAGUAAUGCUGCAGCCUCCUGCUUUACAGUAUGUUGUUAGCAGUGAGAAAACCAUGGUUUUUACUAAAUAUUCCCAAAUUGCCCAACUUGAUAUCUUGUAUACAAAAUGUAGUACCUCUUUCAACCAGCCCAUGAAUGGCGGCUGCAGCAGAUGGGGAUGGGAUUUGAUUACGCUAUUCCCUGAAGAGCCAGAGAAAACUCUUGCCACUAUGGCACUUUCCCUUCUAUUAAUCUCACUUUAAACUAUCCCACCAGUGUGAUGGAAAAGGUAAUCAGUUUUAAAGUCAUCAUAUUUUGGAUGCAUGACGUAAUUUAAUAGACAUAACCAGCCCAUGCCUAAUUUCACAUCAGAACAGCUUCAUGUUAAAAACCAACUUCACCUUACAAAUUCAUAUAAAAAUCAUAGUUUUUUUUCAGGAUAUUUAAGCUUCAUUUCUGUCUAACAAUAACCUUUCUUCCCUUCGGCAUUAACGCAGCUUUCAGAGGAAACAAAAAGUCACGUUGAAUGUUGAAACAUACCUUGGUUUCAAGAUAUUAAUGAACUGCUAUUUCUUUCCUGCUUCUUGCUAAAGAAAUAGCAAGAAUACAAACAGUGACUUCAGUGUCCUGCAAAUUUUUGCAUCUUUUGCUUUUCCAAAACAUUUUUGGAUUUUAUGCUUGCAAAAUGUGACAAGGAAGGAAGUUCUAGACAUAUUAUUAUGUUUCAGUUAAUCAUAAACAGCAUCCGUACUGGUGUUCUUUGGAUUUCACAGCCUUUGAUUAAUCGUAAUGGGAUGAGGGCAAUGGCCACGCUAACAAACUACAGUUGCUUUGGAAAAUCUUUAACCCAGCACUGAUUUAUUCAUGCUCAGGCCCUUCUUUGAAAUGUAGAUUCUGUGGUUGCCGACAUUUUCGACACUUUCUGACCUAGUGUAAAUAUUACAGCAGUUUGUUUGGAAUCCCAUAGCCUGUGUAGACUCAGAUUUUUUCUUUUUCAAAAAUAGAGAAAAAAUGAGAAAAGAUCAUUUUAAAACUAUAUAUCUGAAGUAGUCUAGCAGGACUUUAAAGCAUAGGUUUUUGGCAGAAUGCCUUUUCAUUUUGCAAAGAUGUAUCAUUGAACGAAUAUAGCUAAUCUGUAAUACGUUCUUUAUGAAAAAAGUAUAAAACAGGCCAACAUUGAAAAUUGAAUUCUUGUUUUCAACUAUUUAAUCAAACUUUUGGGGGGGGUUUCUGAAUAUUUUUUUCAUUUGUUUUUACUCUAGAACAUGAUCAAAACUGGAUGAUUUGAUAUUAAAUAAAAGCUAAAGUCUCACUGUGAGCUAAAUGCAAUUAGUCACUAUCCCCAAACAGUGUGUGAGUCUUUCACAGUCUGGGGUACCUCUAGAGUAGUAAACAUCCUGAGUAAAAUAUCUAAGUCGGAAUGAUAAACAUCUUUGAUACCCACCUCGCAACAAAUUUCUUGAAUUUUUUGUCAUUCAUUAAUGUUUUCCUGGUUUGGAUGCCAUUUUUCUUUUCAGUGAUAAAGGUGUGUGAAGUAAAGAUGGACAAAAAGUGACUUAACACAGCAUCUAUGGUAUGGAACGCAUCAAUGCAUGCAAUUAAGUUCCUAGUUGUUAUGUGAGAUUAUAAUUGUGAUAGAUAGUUGUGUUUCAAAUAGUAAACUUGAAUUCAUUUAUUUUUGGAUUAUAUUUGUAGUAUUGUCUUGUUUUAUAAAUUUUAUAAAUAGGCUUCCUUUGAUUGUUUUUGGUCAUUUUUUUUGUUUCAUUUUGUUAUUUACUACCACUGCUUUUAAUUUUAUAUUGAUUUCUUGUAUGAAGAGAUGCCCUUCUAAGGUGUAAAGCCUUGUGCUAUAUAUACAUUUUUUUUUCUGUUGUACUAAUGUACAGAAAAAUGUUCAAUAGUGUGAAUGAAUAUAAUCUCAGUGAAAAGCUACUCUUUCAGGCUGCCAAAGCAUGAUAGCAUGGUUUUCUCAAAUGUAAAUGAAUUGGACACACAGACAAAUCAGGUGUCACACAUUUAACAGGAAACAUUGUAUUCUGGUUAUAUUUACUGCUGAUAUUAUUGUUACAAUUUAGCUUACAGUUCUUUUCAUUCCUUGGUUUCUGGUUCUCGUAUAGUCAAAAUGCAUACUUCAACAAAGAGAUAUAAUGGAUUUUAUCUUGCAACAUUUUUUUUCUCUAUGGAGAUAUGUUUUGGCAUUUGACUUCCUAAAUAACACACACACUGUAAGCAUGCCCUAUGGGACAAAUCACAUUUUUUUACUCUUGAAUAAAAUAUGCAUGAACAAAU